UGUGACGUCACUUUUGGAUGAGUAGCUUCGAAAACAAAUCAACACUACUGCUACUGCUGUGUGUGUGCUCAUUGUAAAUUUUCGGUAGGAAUCCGCAAAUAUGGACUCGUUAAGGGAGCAAGUCAUGAUUAACCAGUUCGUCCUCGCCGCUGGAUGUGCCAAGGAGCAGGCAAAACAGCUUCUUCAGGCCGCACACUGGCAAUUUGAGACGGCUUUGAGCAUAUUUUUUGAAGAGGCCUCUGUUCCACCAUGCUCAAGUAAUCCAGCAGCACAUUUUGGACAGAUUUGCACUCCUUGCAACACCCCUGCAACUCCACCAAACUUCCCUGAUACACUAUUAGCAUUUUCGAGAAUGAAUACAGGAGAGAAACUGGGAUCGUCCCCCUCAGGUGUUAAUUUCUCAACAUCCCCAAAACAACAGCCUUCUCAAAUACAAGCCCAGCCCAAUCAGCCCCAAGUUUUCAGAACGCAACAGCCUACACAUACCGGUGUGGGCAUCGAUCUACAAAGAUAAGUGAUGAAUACCCUGUGGCAGUGCAUCUAUGUAGGCUUGUCAUGUGAGCGCGCCAUCCCCAAAUUAUAAUGCAUUUGCAUUGCAACUUUUUUGUGGUCUUUAAAAUUUGAUGUUAUUCUUGCAGAGUGCACUGCCCCCAGGGGUUCUGUAAAGUUUGUGUAGAAAGUAGUAAAGGAGGUUUGAGGGAUAACUAUUUUGGUGGAACGACUUAAAUCAAGUCAGUUGAUUACUCAGUUACCAAUUGUAAUUGCCGGCUACUGAGUUAAAGUCUUUCGAAGUAUCAUCAUUCGUACUUGCCAUAAAUUGUGUUGUCCUUCAAGCUCUUAUGUUCUAAGAAAUUUCAGAUAGCAUUGUACAAAUAAACUUUACUUAGAUGUGUUGACCCUUCAUUGCAUAAAUACAUAGGGCAAAUCUACCAAGCAACAAACUUGUGAAAUAUCAGAAUAAGUUUUAUAUUUAUAACAAGAUUGUUUGCAUGCACUGCAUGUUUAUUUUUCUCCUUUAGAAAGAUUUCAUCACAAUGAUAAUGCUUUAGAUUUCAUCACACUUUUUUUUCUCAAUCAGUCUAAAGUCUAAAUAUUACCUGAGUGUGCUCUGGAGUAAAUGUGCACUGUGUAUGAACAAUCUGUAACCUUGUAUUUAAUGGAUUCAAUUCAAACUUGUAUUUUCUAAUUUUGAGAUUUCAGAAAAUUUUUAAAUCUUUUACCUGCUGUCUGGUACCUUAUUGUGGGUUGUACAAGUAGCUCAUCUAUCAAAUUUUAUUGGAUUCUUCUUCCUCAUCUAGGUAUCUGGUGGUUUAAAACUAUUGACUCCUGGGUGUUUUUUGACCGUUGAGUAGUAUAAUGUAGUAUUUUUAAAUCCCUUAUACUUCAAGUGAUAUUAACAUGUUUGCCAUAAAAUCAUUUACAGAACUGUCAGCAUUAUUAUACCGGUGUUAGUGUGUAAAUGUGUUUUGACUUCUAUGUAAUCUCAAUCUCAUCCUAGAAAAUAUGACUAUAUCUCAAUGUACUCACUAUACUGUAUAAAAUUAUUGCUUGGCAAGAUUUGUUGCUCUCAUCCUGGAGAUCACAUUUUAGGUUUCGUGUAAAAUGAAGUACACAUAGUUGUGUUCUUCUUGAGAGUGAAAGUGCGUUCGAACAAUGAGAUUAGGUCUCGUUCAAAUAUGAUUGCUAAUUUUCUUUUUUGUUGUGGUUGGUGUGUAACCAUUUAGAUAAAACAACAAAAAAAAAUAUGUAGGAUUUUGGAAAAAAAAAACAUAGCUUUAAUAAGCAGACAUUAACCUUAUUGAAAGUCGCUCUCCUUCUCUCUUUUAUUCUAGGUUCUGAUACACUCAAUCAAAUCUCAGCGUUUUUCUAAUUUUGCUUAAGUAAACCAUUUUGGCAGGUUUGCAUUCAGUGGAAUAAAACUAGUAUUAUGUAUAUGUAUCUUUCUAGGAAAGCUAACUUUUGUCUUGCCUAGGCACUGGUGUUGUAAAUAGCUAUUUGUUAAUAGUUCUGAUUGUAUCAUGGGUGUUGGAGUUGUAGGAAAGGAGAGAAAAGGGGGGUGACUGUUGAGAGUUUUGGAGGUCAAAGAGAAAGUAAAUCAGCUGCACUAACAUGCAUUGUUUUCAGAUGAUUCUCUGCUGUGCAUCUGGUUUAUGGUACAAAUUCGUUUGUAUCUUUUCUUUUUUAUUUUUUGUGAUAAACAAUUGGUUGGAUAGCAGUUUAUCAAUCUACUGCGAGUGUUAUUAGUUAUGUUAUAGUAAUUUAAUCAUUUAAGGCAGUGAAGACAUCCUGGUUGAACCCCGACUGGGGAAAGAGUUAAACUACUUUAAUUGAUGCCUAAAUCCUAUUUGUAAAUUUCAUGUGAAAUGUAGUAUCAACAUUAUGUGAUCAGUAGGAAUGCAAUACAGUCAAAAAUGCAUGAUGGGACGCUUUCCUUUGUUUUCCAAUAUUAUUUUGAAAUAUUUAUUUUAAAGGUGUGUGCUUUAAUUUUGUUUGAGUGCUGUUGUGUUAGGCUGUUCUUCAGUAGGAAUUUGUCUUUCAUGAUUUAUCUGUUAUACAUUUGCAACUGUGCCACUACAUCAAUUAAUUAUAAAACCCUUUGCUAUUGUUGUGUCAAAGUGUGUAAAAUUACCUUUUUACUAGAAAAUUGGUCUUAAUGUUUGGGUGUUGUCUUCUCUGCAUGAGAAUCUGGUAGGUCUCUUUCUUUUUUCUAAAUGCCUUAAUAUACUGAGCUCAUUUCUUGAAAGAUCAUCUGGGCUGUGAAAAUGUUACAUUUAAUCUUUCUUAAACUUUAAAAGUCUCAAACCUGAGAUGCAGUAAAACGAGUAAAACAUAGUUGCUUCCCUAAAAUGCAAUCAAAUAAGUUAAUGGCGGACUGUAAAAGAUGCACCAACGGUAAGAUUAUAGGUAGGACAACUCGUUAUUAUACGCCUGGCACAUCCUUUUUAAAACUACCAUUUUAACAUUGAAAUUGUAUUCUGCAUCUUUCUGCCAAAUGUGUGAAAUUCGAUUAUAGUACUGAAUAUGUGUACCUUUGUGAAGGAUUUUGAACCUUUGUUGUUGUAGCACACUUAUGUUAAAACUCAUCAGUUUGCUCAUUCAUUGUCAUCUUAUUGUUUUAUUAAUGUGUUUUGGUACAAGACAAGUGUGUAAUGAGAUAGAAAGCAGGUUGCAAUGAAACACCCUUGCCAAUUAUUUUGCUUCUGGUCACUCUUAUACAUAAUACAUCUCUUUUUCUGCUUUGAGCCAUCCAAGGGAACUUAUUUUCUCUACUCUGCAUGUGUAGCAUCACAGUAGCAAUGCUUCACAGUUUGUUACACAUAUUACAAUUUGCUUACUUUAAAAAGCAAAUAAAGAUACAAUGUAAAUAUUUUUUAUUUAAUUGAAUUUGUGUUGCUCAUUGUUGAAGAUGUAUGUUGUUUCCUUUCAACAACCUUGGAAAUAAGCAACCUACUAUGGAAGCUUCAUUAUACGCUUUGGUAGAGACAGUUUUCCUAGUACAUGUCAUGUCAGUGAUUCUGUUUUUUUUUUCUUUGUGCACAAUUCAAGCUUAGAGUGCCAGAUUGUCCUCUAGGUUCGGUCAUGUUGAACCAAUCUUAAGUAACUUCAUCUAAGAAUUUGACCUUGGUAUGCAUGUGUUUAAUUAUCUUAGUUGCAUUUUGUUUAAUUUUGAAGAUGAUAUACCUGAGUUUCUUAAAGUGGAGCCAAUGUAAUUAUAGUGCAUGUGAGUUGAGCAUGUCUUUGUUCCUCAAGUCUGAUGUUAAUGCUCCUGUCAAAAUCAUAUUUGAGACAGAUGCCAAUAAAGAAUAAACAUUCGUGUUUCUUUCUGAAGCAUA